AUGAGUUGUAUUUGUUUCCGAGGCCCAAAGGAGAAGAAGAAGAGCAAUCAAGCGCAUGGCGACAAAGGUGCCCGGAAAUUCAGACCUCCGCGGGGAUACACCGGAGGAACUGCAGCUGGUGGUUCCACUACCGGAAAUGGUAAUUUGACUGUUUUGACUGAUCAUGAUGGCGGUGUCGUUUUGGCGUCCACGUUUGGUUUUGCGGUUGCUGCAGCUGCGGUGGUCGAUGCUGGGGAACAUGGUGGAAGCUGUGGUGGUGGAGAAUGCGGCGGCGCCGGCGGGUGUGGUGGUGGCGGCUGCGGCGGUGGUUGA